AUGGAAGCGAUGGAGAUCAAGAGUGUUGAAAGGCCGAUUAUCAUCUUUGUGGGUAAGGAUGUUAGGAAAUCGUCUUCUGCAUAUCGUGAUGUAAGGAUUCCCAAAAACAUCAACACUGAAUUUGUGGAAGAAAAGAGUGAUAUAGCAUCUGAAACUAUAAACACCACAAACAUCUUUUCAUCUAAGAACAAGGGAAAGCCUGUUCCUCCAUUGUUUCCACCAGGAACUGUGAAGGCUGCAGCAAACAUGAUGGUAAUAGUGAGAGCACCUACAAUUGUACAAGAAGUUGCUUUCAUGGGGUCUCAUACCCUGUUUAUUGGAAGCUCCCACUCCCGAGGGUAA